UACGUAGACGUAGAACACAGACAUUGUUAAAAGAAAAGGUGAAUGUUCGGAGUCAAGUGCGGAGUGACAAAGGCAUAAUCGAAAAUGUACAACAAAAUAGAAACCGAUGGUGCGGUAAAAGGAUUAAAAAAGUAAUUAAGAAAAAUAAAAUAUUAACUUAAGUGGGCCCUCCGCAACCGUAUCAUUAACAAAACAAUGGAAGCUAAUAAAAGACAACUGGAGAUGAAGCUGAGCGAAGAAGGUUACACCUACGUCUUCGAGACCAAGGGCGAGAUGGGGGCGAAACCGCCGUCGAAAUUUCGAAGAAAAGUGUGGCAAAUCGUUCCUUCAGUAUGCGCGACGUUGAUGUGUUUGCCGUUUGGGAUUAUGUUGGGCUGGCCGUCGCCGAACUACCCUACGUUGACCAAACCAGUGGACGAAGGGGAGUCGACGACAGACCCCAUAGCGCUUAUCCGGAUCACCAUGGACCAAUCUGCAAUGGUUGCUGGAUUUCUGAUGGUGGGUAACACCGCUGCGACACCUUUUUCGUCCUUCAAACGUCUCGGGGCUAAAUAUGGUGUCCUCGUGGGGGCCACUUUGAUGACGAUUGGUUGGAUCAUGAUGUGGCAAUCAAGAGACAUCUUUUACUUACUAGGAAGCCGCUUUUUAGUCGGAGCGGGGAAUGGUUUUGGCACGGGUCAGUUGAAGUAUUACAUUGGUGAGGUCUGUCAAGACUCCCUAUCCGUGUUCUUAACCAAACAAAUCAAUCUGUACGUUUUUGCCGGGCUCAUUUUGGCAUUCGCUUUCGGGCCCUUUGUAGAUUUUAGACAAUUCAGUAUUAUUGCCUCGAUUAUUUCUGUGCUAGUGUUGUUCCUGACGAUUUUUCUUCCCGUACCGCCGCGAGAGUUAGUCAAGAGCGGCAAAAUUAAAGAAGCUCAUAAACUAAUAUCGUUUUUGAGUCCGCAUCUGAACCCGGAUGACGAGCUGAUCAAAAUCAAGAAGAAGGCUAAUACCGUAGACACAGAUUUAAGUUAUUGUGACGUAUUAAAAAAGUCUAGUCUGCGUAAAAAUUUGCUCAUUUUUGCUGUUGCAGUAUUCUUUCAACAGUUCUCAGGGGCUCCCGCUACCUUAGUUUACACUCAAAUGAUUUUUGCGAGUUGUGGGUGUCCCCGUCCUGAACUAUGCGCUUUAGUCUACAUAUUUGCGUUUUUUCUGGCAAAUGUGUACGGGAUUUUCUGUGUUCCUAACCACAAUAAGAAACACGUGUUGUUGUUUUCUAGCGUGGGAGUGUCGUUGCUCAUCGUAGUCCAAAUAAUAGUACUUGUCGAGAACGCCAACGAAAAAUUUUGGAACUUUACUUCCUUAGUGGUUAUGCUACUUUUCAUUGUAGUUCACACUAUAGGUCUAGGGAGCGUUCCUUUUAGUCUAAUUCCGCAGUUAUUCCCCAAAGAAGCGAAAAAAGUGGUGGUGCAGUUCUUCGUCAUGUUCCACUCAAUGCUAGCCCUAACUAUAACCAAAAUUUUCCAAGUCAUGUUCGACCGGAUAGGUCUCUUCGCCCCGUUUUGCCUGUUCCUAGCGAUUAGCACCUUUUCAAUCGUUUUUGUGAUAAUUUUCGUGCCAAAUAACCACAAGUCUACCAAAAUACGUGAAGUCUUAACUUAAGUCUCAAAUCUUUAUUUGUCGGUUUGUUCUUACAUAAUUAUACAAACAAUAAAUAUUUAGUUUUUUAA